AUGCCAAUUUCAGAUGAACUUAAUCUUAUUAGAUUACCAUUUGAAUCAGAUCGUUUUCAUAUUUCAAAUGAUAAAAAUGAAAUAUCAUUAUCUGAACCAAUUACUUUUAAACAAUUAACAUUGAAAUCGAUUGAAUUUGAAUAUGUUGAUGAUAAUCGAAAAACUAUUCAAAUUAUUGAAAUAUCAUCACAUCAUUCAAUAAAUAAAUCUAUGAGGCUUAAUGUAAAAUCGAUUUCCUUUGACAAAUUACCAGCAAAAAUUCAAAAACUUGAAAAUGAUCUUAUUCAACAAUUAACUCAAAUAUCUAUUCAACUUAAUGAUUCAUUAAUAAUUAAACAAGUUAAAAAUCUUACCAAUCAUAUGCAAGAUACUCAACUUCUCAAUGAAUUUCGACCAAUUAUUCUUUCUGCUAUUAAAAAUCGUGCAACAAUAAUUGAAGAAAAAUUUGAAACAUUAUUAAAAAAUAUUCAAAACAAAUCUCAUCAAUUAAAACAAUCAGAACGAAUUCGAUUUGAAUAUUUUCAAUUUUUAUAUAUACGAUUUAAUGAAGAAAUGGAACGUGAAAAAAAUAUCGAAUAUUUAUAUGAUAAAAUCGAAAAAAUGCAAUAUGAACUUCAUCAGAAAACGGAUAUGAGUUAUUCUAACGCAUGA